AUGCAACGCCCUGGCAAAAGGACUGGGUUGUUGGUAGACGCAGAGACUGUCCAGGGUUUCCUUGAGCCGGACGGAGGAUUAUGUCCUCCUGAUUCACGCAUAGACGGUCGCUCCUCUAAAGAAUGGAAUAGUGAUUGGACAGGAAGUGGGGAUGAUACGUCCGCGUUAGCGAUGAGUUCCGGAGGGUUAUGUCCUCCUGAUUCACGCAUAAUGUUAGUUGCCAACGACUCAUACCAGUUGAAAGCGAAGGUGGUUGCUGACGAAAUGAAGCUUAGAUUGAUAGUACUCCUUAGCUUCGAAAAAAGAAUAACAAGGUUCCCUAAGCUGAUUGAUGAAGCGUUGAACGGUACGUCUGCUUCAGAUAUGAGUCCCGGAGGGUUAUGUCCUCCUGUUCACGCACGUUAA